AUGUGUAUGAAGUUGGAGGGUAAACUGUUAGUGAUUUUGUCGCUGCUCGUGGUAGCCAGUGCAGCAAUCACAGUCGACAAACGCGACAAGGAGAAUUCCGGGGUCGCGAAGAAGCACGGGAAGAGAGGUCUUGUCAAUUUGGGGUACGGCCUGCCACCUGAGCAUCACUACGCCGAACCCGAACCAGCGCCUGUCUACGAAGCUCACGUUCCUCAUGGACUGCAUCCUACUCUUGGAGGACACUUGGAACCCGCUGGACCGCCCCUGCCACCCCCAGCAAUUGCUUAUCCAGCACCCGCCGUUCCAGUGCCAGUGCCGCAGCCUGUUCCUCAUCCAGUGCCAGUGCCGCAGCCAGUGCCCGUACCUCAGCCUGUUCCGCAUCCGUUUCCUGUCGCGGUACCGGUGACGAAACAUGUGGCGAUCCCGGUGCCCGUGGACCGUGCCGUUCCCGUGCCAGUAGAUCGUCUCGUUCCGGUGCCAGUGGCGGUUCCGGUUCCCAAACCGUACCCCGUUCACGUGGAGAAGCUGGUGCACGUCGACAGACCUGUGCCGGUACCCGUCGACAGGCCAGUCCACGUUCCCGUGGAUCGACCAGUCGCUGUUCCAGUUGCGGUACCGAAACCGUACCCUGUACCAUACGAGAAGGUGGUCCACGUGGAUAGACCGUACCCCGUCCACGUGGCUGUGCCCUAUCACGUCCCCAAGCCUUACCCCGUGCCUGUCGCCAUUCAUGCUCACAAAUCCCACGGUUGGUGCAAGUGGUGCUGAUACAUCAGGCCUGUUAACCUUUUCGAAUAAUGUUAGAGUAGAAUCCUCUUUUAACGCUAGGUUUACGUUCGAUUCCAAGUAACUACGGUGCGUUGUUUGCUUUGUUUUGACGUCUACUUUCUAAGAACUUUCUCAUCGUGUUUAUAUCUAUUACCAAAGUAACGUCAUGCUGACGAAUCCCACGGUUGCUGGUGCGAAUAGAACGGACAUGUUGACGUGUCAGGGCUGGUCACGUUUUGGAAUUAGUUUAGAGGAGAAUCCUUUGUAGGCCCCUGUAUUUCUUUUUUUUUAAUUUUAUAGCACAAAUUUAAUAUAUUGUAUACUUUUGUAUGAUAUUUUUAAUACAUCUCUUAUACCAACUAAUUUUCUUGAUAUCGUAUGUUUCCGUUCAUUCUCCAAAUUGGAAAAGCUUGUAAAUGGAACAAAAAAGAUUAUAUAGGAAUCGAUGGUUCGGAUCCACCAGGGAAGAACGACUUCUUUGAAUGAUAUUAAGAGAACAAUAGGGUCACGAUGCGUCCUUGAGCGAUACCAUAUCGCCAAUGUACGUAUAAUUC